AUGAAAGUUCCAAGCAUCAAAGAAAUUUUCCGCUUUCCCGUUCUUUACGUGCUGAGCUCUGAGUCGCAACUCCGCGAUGCGGUGCGCUCGGAGGUCGCACGAGCGGAGGCGGCUGAGGCAGCACUGGCCGUGGCGAGGCGGGAGGCGGCCGAUUGCAGGGCGAGCGCCUCGGCGGCCGCCGCUGGUGCCGCCCAGGCCUCCGCCGCCCUAGCAGCUGUCCACGACGAGUUAGCCGCCACUAAGACGAAAUUCGAACUGUCGGAACGCCAACGCCGCCUUUUUGAAGAGAAAUGUAGCGAGCUGACGGAGAAGACUAGUGUUUUAGAAAGGGAGGUGCAACAGCUGCGGCCGUUGCAGGCGGCUCAGAGCUCGCUGCAACGCCAAUACGCGGAGCUGGAAGGCCGUGUGCGUGUUGCAACCGAGGAAGCGCGCCGUGAAGCGAGCCGCCUGGAGAGCGAGCUGCGGCGCGUGGAGCGGUGCGCGCGCGGCGGCGCGGAAGUGCGCGAGCGGGCGCGGCUCGCCGCCGCCGCUCACGCGCGCGAUCGCCGCCGCGCCGCCGCUGACACGCAACGCGCCGCCGCCGACCUCCAGGCCGCAAACGCCGAAAUCGCCAGACUCGGUUCGUUAGUGUCAGAGUUGCAAUACCGCUUAACAGAAAAUAACUGCAAUGGGAAGUCUAAGGUCGACAGUGCUCCCGACAUUGAACUGGACAGCGUAACGGAGUUGAGAGCUGCUUUGGAGGCAGAACGAGCUGGGGCAGCAAAGAUCGAGCAGGCUUUGGCAGCGGCGUUGUCUGAUAACUCAAUCCUCGCUGCGCACCUUCACACAAGAGAAAACCCGACGUCCAGACAAACGUCGCUUUCAAAAGAAAACGCCAUCGCUACUGAUAUGUCCCCUAUUGACUCUUUUCUAGCCGAC